AUGUCCGAUCCAUUAACUGCAUCAUCAAGCUUGCCCCAUGAAUUACAUAUCAACAAGUACCCCCGCAUAAUAAUCCAAUUUUGCACCAAAUGUAAAUGGACAAACCGUGCGAUCUGGUACGCCCAGGAGCUUUUCCAAACAUUUGAUGCAAACACCAUCGCCGACAUUUCCCUUCAGCCAAUUGUAGAAAUUCCUGGCACAUUCCAAGUUUUGAUCCAAGUGGGAUCUGUCACAGAAUUAAUUUAUCGUCGCAAGUUUAAAAAAGAUGGCGAUGAUUUGGAUCUCAAGUUGGCCAAGGUUUCAUAUGAAGGGUUUCCUGAUGCCAAGUUUUUGAAAAAUUUAGUUAGGGAUAAGAUUAGUGAGAUUGAAAGUACACUCAGUGGAGGAGGUAAUGGUGGUAUAGGCACCAAAGUUGGUGACCAUUUGAUUGGUAAAGGUAGUCUUUUGAACGAUGGAGGUGUUGGUGAUGAAGCUGAAGCUAGAGAAUGCCUUGAAUGCAAGAGGCAGGAGUAG